CAAAUCUUUUCUUUGAAUCCUAACAAAUGAUCCACUGGUUACAUAUAACUCUCGUCUCUAUUUCCGUCGCUAUUCUUCUCGUCGUCCUUCUGACAAUCAUCAAACGUCUGUUUCUUCCUAAGAGUCCCGAUGUUUCCGAUGCCAGAGUCACCACCGUGAUUCAACGAUUCAUCGCCGACCAAAUAAUCCACCCGCCGCCGUUCCGUUGGCUCGACCAUCCAUCCCUCGUCACGGAGGCCGCGGAAAAUGGAUGGUCGAGAUUCUCAUUCGUCGCGCCUCCCGCCAAAUCCUCCACGUCCGUUCUUGCCGCAUGUCGCGACGGCGGGAUCGCCCCUAGAGUCGUCGAGCUCGGUCGGGAGGUGCGUCGAGGAUCGGAUGACUUCAUGCAGCGUGUUCGACUAAUCCCGACCGCAAAAAAGAUCGCGGCCGUUAGGAUGGCGCUGCCUCUGCCGGGGCCGGAUUUGGGGAACUCGUCGUUCCCGCCGGAGGCGUAUUUUGAAAUCACAGUUAUGUCGCAAUCGGGCGCGGAGAAAGGCGGGCUUGGAGAAGAUGGGUAUGAAAGAAAGAGGGGAGAUUUAGAGGUAGUUAAGAUUGGAAAAUUAGGUGAAGGAGUGAAGGUGGGAAGCCAUGGAAGAGGCGGUAAUGGAGAGAUUGUUUUGAGUUUGGGAGUGACAGUGAAUGGAGAAGAGGAUGUGAGAUUACAAGUGGCAGGGAGUUAUCGAAGAUCUGUUGGAUUCACUUCAAAUGGUUCUGUUUAUUUAGAUGGAACCAAAGUAGCGGACGGAUCGCGCGAAGAAUGGGGAAUGCCGAAUAGCGUAGUCGGGUGUGGAUACAAUCCGAGGGAGAAGAAGGUUCUCUUCACGCUUAAUUCUCAACUAGUCCACGAAAUCGAUUGCAAGACCGAGGAGUUUGCUUGGCCACUCUACCCUAUCCUAACAGCCAAUGUUGAUACUACAGUUUUGGUAAAUCUUGGCCAAAGUCCAUUUGAAUUCUCGCCGGCAAAUUCAUAUAGGACGCCGAAUCCUUGCUUCAUUGGCCAUAACUCGCCGUAUGAAGAUAGCAAGGACCUUUUUUCGUUGGGAAGGAUCGACUCAAGGUGGCAAUUGCAAAGGAGUGCGACGAGAAGCAAUAACAACACCGUGAGCAGCUUAAGAGACCUGCAAUUCGACCACGAGUCGGAUGGCGAUCUGUUCGAAAUUGUGUUGGAGAGCUUGGGGAGAUCUCAUGUCCCCAAAAUUGAAGAGUUUUGAAGAAAGUACUUUUGAUUAAUUAGUUUUAAUGAGGUUUUUUUAAAUAUAUAUUUCAUUCGUCCGCUUCUAAGGGUCACAUUUA